AUGGGUUCAAAAAGUUCAGUUUCAGCUGUGCUUUAUCUCACAGUAAACAUUAUCUGCUAUGCUUUAGCCACUACAGUGCUUAGCCCUGGCACUAGUCUUUCAAACCCGAAACCGAAUCCAAUGCGAAACCCAAAACCGAAUCCAAUGUCUAGCCUUGUCACAAAUAAUCAAUCACUAAGUUGCCCUAGAGAUGCCCUAAAACUAGGUGUUUGUGGAAAUUUACUUGGUGGGUUGAUUGGAGUUUUCAUAGGAAAUCGUCCCACCGCAACAUGCUGCACAUUGCUUGCCGGGUUGGUGGACCUAGAGGCGGCAGUUUGCCUCUGCACUGCCAUAAGAGCAAAUGUGUUGGGCAUUAAUGUCAAUGCUUCACUUUCACUCACUCUGCUUUUCAAUGUUUGUGGAAGGACUCUCCCACCUGGUUACACAUGUGCUUAA